AUUAGAAGGAUUUGGCAAGUUGCUACUGGGUUGCACUGCAUGAAGCGUCUCCUCCUGCACGAACGAUAACUAGCCGACCCCGAUCAGCCUCAGUUCGGCUGACUCCCUCACACUCCGAGUCCCACACCCGACCUCAACCUCACCCCGUUUGAUGCUGUUUGAUGAGGAUGCCGCCAAACCCCACAGCGCCCGACACACCUCACCAUCAGAUGACCUUUUUGGAUAAGCAAAAACAAUAAAACCGGUCUUCAAAACAUAGAUGCACAGAUAAGCCAAAUUGCCAAAAUGUCUCACGCAGCAGAAGAGAGCCCCGAUAAGCCCGUCAUCGCACAAUGGAUCCUCGAUACCCGAACCUGGUAUCCCGAAGUCACCCAGACCAAGCAACUCGAAACCCACGCCGCGCGCGCCUUCGCCCUCCUCCCGCCCGCCAACCGCGCCCCGAUCCUGCGCUACCACCACGCGCGCGACGCCAAGAUGGCCCUGGCCUCGGCCCUGCUCAAGCACUACGCCAUCGCACGGCUAGCCCAAACACCCACGGCGGCGGCGACGACAUGGUCCGAGACGGUGGCGACCGCCUUCACGCGCGACGCACGCACCAAGCCCGUGUACAUCGACCCUGUGACUGGAAGGCAGCCGGUUGCGUUCAAUGUCUCGCACCAGGCGGGGGUGGUGGCGAUUGUGGCUGUGGCCGGGUAUCCUGCUGAUGUGGAAGGGGGGGUGGGGGUGGGGGUGGAGGUGGGUGUGGAUGUGGUGUGUACGUCGGAGCGGCGGGCGCGCGACCAUGCCAUGCUGGCUGGCGAGGGGUGGGCGGCGUUUGUGGAUAUGCAUGCCGAUGUGCUCGCGCCGGGGGAGGUUGCGUAUCUUAAGCAUCGCGUUCUGGCGGGGCCGGCGACGGCGGAAGGGGUGUAUGAUGGGAAGCUGCGUUCUUUCUACACCCUGUGGGCGCUCCGCGAGGCUUACGUCAAGUUGACUGGUGAUGCGCUGCUGGCGGACUGGUUGGGGGAGCUGGAGUUCCGUGGGUUUCAGCCGCCGAAGCCGACCGCGGGGUGGGAUGUGCCUGCGAGGGAGGAGGAGGGGGAGGUGGUGAAGGACAUAGAGAUUUGGUUCCGGGGGAGGCGGGUCGAGGAUGUGAAUAUGUGUCUGAGGUCGAUAGGGGAGGAUUACAUGAUUGCCACGGCCGUGAGGACGCCGGGGAGGAAGGAGGAUGGGCUGGGGUGGGAGCUGGGGCCGUACGAAGUGCUGUCGUUAGAGCAGGUCCUGGAAUUUGCGGAGGCCAGUGGAUGAUGUAGUGUGAUGUUUGACUCAUACUUCGGGAGCGUCAUGUUCUCACACAAUCUGCGACUACGAUCUCUAUCUCAUGCACAUUAUUACACAGCUGGGAGAGAGUAGACGUAGGAGGCAAAAUGAAACUACCAUGGCCAUAGU